AUGAGCGAUAAGAUACCCGAGAAUUUUGAUGUGAUUAUUUUGGGUACUGGACUUCCAGAAUGCUUGAUUGCAGCUGCUUGUGCUCGUUCUGGUCUUAGUGUUUUGCAUUUGGACAGAAACGAUUAUUAUGGUGAUUUAUGGGCCUCAUUCAAUUUACGAACGGUCGAGAGUUGGUUAACGGGAAUUAGAAGAAAUGAUAAUGGAGCUCGAAUCCUGAGUCAUCCUGAAUCUUUCUUGCGUGAUGAUGAGGAAUUUUUGCCGACUACAUAUCGGUCUUUUAUUAAGAAUGUUCAAAAGCAUUGCUACCACAGUUACGAUCGUGUUGAUGGUACUGAGGAACAGGAUGGUAUAUUAGCUCCAUGUUUGUGGGAUAUCGAUCAGCAGUGGCGAAAACUCAAUUUGGAUCUUUCGCCUAAGGUGUUACUGAGUAGAGGUGAUAUGGUAAAGCUGCUAUGUGAUUCGGGUGUUGCUAAAUAUUGCGAAUUCAAGUGUGUUGAUCGACUUCUGAGCUAUGCAUCAAAUGAUGGUCUAAAUUCGCUUGAAGUUGUUCCAUGUUCUCGAGGAGAAAUAUUUCGAAGUGAUGUUAUUUCAGUACAAGAUAAACGACGAGUGAUGAGAUUUCUCCAGAAAUGCAUUGAAUGGCGGAAAAAUCCUGAUGAAACCGAUAGUUGGAAAGAAUAUGCUGAAAAGCCGUUUGAUGCUUUCGUGGAAUCUAUGGGCAUCGUAGGUUAUGCGAAAAAUAUACUUACUAACACUUUGGCAAUCUUGAACCCAUCAGCCAGAACUAAAGAGAUAAGUUGCCUACGUUUACAAAAUGUUCUGUUCUAA